CUCGGCGUGAUGGUGGAAAAGUGCUCCUUGAUUCAUACCAUGUUUUCAAACUACAAACCUGUCGACGUUGAUCUUGUAGAACCACCACAGAUUAUCAAUGAGGCUGAAAAGAUGGUGCAACCAAAAGCCAUCCCCGCUGGUGUGAAUGAUCAAGUCAUCCGGUCCAAGACAGGAUCCCCAUUACUGCAGAACUGGACCGCCCCCUUCAUAACAACCCCUAAAAAUCUCUCCACCCAGGACUUUUCAGCUCUUGCGUCCAAAGCAGAGGAGAAAUUGAAAGCGGGUAAGGGGCCAGUUUUUUAUGAGUCCUUCUACAGCCAGCUGAGGGAGGUACAUGGUGCUAACAGGAGGGCGGAAGAAGCCCUGCAGAAAGAUAGUGCUGGAAGACGGCGACAGGACAUGAACGCAAAUGAUGUGAACAGUUUGGCCGAGGAUGUCAUGAGAGCCCUUGCAGCCAAGGGAGAGCAUGUCACUAUGGACAGGGUGAUUAGCAGGGUGUGUUCACAUUUACAAGUGUCCUCCUUGUUCGCUUUAAAGAUCGACCCUCGUCUUCACCUUCCCGUAGUGCAGGAACUUCAGCGCACCCUCAAGGAGAUCAACAUGUUCCUUGCGUCAGUAGAGGCGGUGUCUUCAGUGUGCACACUGUACGAACUGGGUCAGGCCGUGGCCAACCUGAAGAACAAAAAGCGCUUUGAAGAGCUUCACCUGGGCCCUCUCUGCAAGAUCCCCACUAUUCAUCGCAUGUUCAAAAUAGAUGCAAAUACUAAAGAUGACAAUAUUCAUGAGAUUGAAACUGUGGACAUUCUUAGGAGUCUGCGGAUUUUCAAGAAACAAUGCCAGCCACAAAGAGUUGACCUUGCUGAAUUUCUCAAGAACCUUGCAGACCAGUACAGCUGUGAAUCCCCAUAUGAACUCGGCAUCAGGAUCCAGAGUCUUGGACUGCCCAUUUCGACAUUAAAUAAAGCAUCUGCUGCUGAGCACAUCUGCAUGGAUCGAGCAAAAGAAGCUAUUCAGAAGGAGAUUCAGGAAGAAGUGGAAGCCAGACUGUUUAAGAUCAAGAAGAGUCUGCUGGAACCAGCUCAAGGACCAGUGCUGUUCUCACAGACAGGCUGCCUUGAGCUCAGGAAGAAAUAUGUUAAUCUGACCGCCUCUGACGCUGUCUUUGAAGUCUUCAUUAACUCUGAAGGCAUCUUUAGUGAGAGUAUGACUAAGAAUGUUCAGACGUUCCUGACGUGUGUACAAAAAGAUAGGUUAGCAAGAGCCUUAUUUCAGCUUGCCAUAUGCCGUGGCUCCUUGGAAGCCCCACAGGACCUGGUAGCUAAAGAGAAACCCCAGCAAAAAGCAGAAGAGAAGACAGCUACAAAAGAAAGAACCACUUCCUUCCCCACUGAAGCUGAAGUGAUGAGCUACUUUCAGGAGUGCGUGUCCGACUUGAAGAACACACCUACUCUGGCCUUCCUUUGCUCACUGGAGAUGAAGAUCAUCAAUCACUUCAAGUUCAAAGAUUUCAGGCAGCUACAGCAAGGAACCUUUUUGGAUUUCAUUGUCAAAAACAAAAAGGUUUUGCAGGAGACAGCUGGAAAUACUCUUUCUAUUGACAACCAGGACCCUGGAACAUAUGGCUUCAGACCAUCCAGACAGGAUGUGUUUGAAUUCAUAAAGCAGUGCGGCGAGGCAGAUUUGGCAUUCGUGGAGGCUGCUCUUAGGAACCAUUACCGGAUAAAGGACAGUCUGGAGCUUGGUCACGGGCCCCUAAAUUUCCUUGUGGAUUGCACCCAGCGGCAAAAAGAGCUUAGCGGAGAUACCAUUACCAGUGUUGUGCAUUACGAGUGUCCUCUGCUCCCCAUCAAUUCUGGCGAGUGUGUGCCGGGUAUGGUUGGUCUGCUAGGAGAGGUGAGCCGUGAUAAAGCGCUGGCGAGUCUACUAUCAGCCCCUCUACUGCAGGACCUGAAGGAAUGGAGCCACUGGGAGCUGGUGUUUCAGCCCAACCACGGCUCUCUCAAAGACUUCAUCGACAAGUACUGUAGUAAGACAGAAUUGCGUGGUAUUGAGGAGUCUCCUGGUGUGUUACUGAGGGUCAGUGCUGAUACGGGUGUUGAACACUUCUCAAAGGCUGCUCAUGCUCUGGAUACAGUCGGCGCAGCUGGCCACUUGGUCUCAAUUGUGGUGGCUGAUGGGAUACCGAACACCCCCACAGCUCUCCUAGCCAAUCACAUGGAGAGUGCAUUGAAUGUAGCAGUUGCACAUGAAGAAAUAACACCAGGGGAAGAUGGCUACUCGUACAGUGCUGUGGCCAAAUUUGUGCUGGAAUGCAUCAGUCAGAUGCCUACAAGAAUUUGCAAAGAACUUCUGCAGCAGGUGUUUUUGGAGCCGCUCUCUAAAGUGCUUGGUCAAGCCAAAUCUAAAACACUCCUCCUGGACGCUGCUCAUUCAGACACACGUUACCGGAACAAACUUCAUCAAAUGGGGCUUCUUCUUGGUAUAACCGAGUGGAGAUCUGACUUCAACAAACUUGUUCUGCCAGCUGCUCUGGAAGUUCCCUUACUCAUGAAGUCUGUGGUGGAAGACUCCAUGAGUGACAUGUCGUCUGUUUUGGGUCUGAAUGAGAUGGAUAAUGUAGAAGAAACUGUGCUCAGGACUUCUUCUAGCAGCCCCGGAGGAGCCCAUCAGCAGGACAAUGAAGGUGAUGAUUAUGAUGAGCAGAUGUUUGAACUGGUGUCUGAGCAUGGUGAAAUCCCAGACAGCAGUGUGCAGGGGGAAGAAGAAAACCAAGACCUUCAGGAUGAAGAGCAGACACCUUCGGCUCAACCAGAGAAAGAUGAGCACAAAGCCAUCAUAGAAGACAUCAGGAAAACCGAGUUUGGCAUCGGUGUCGAGCUCAAUGAGGAGGGUCAGAACUUAAUGAGAAAGCAACAGGCGAGACUGGGACGCAGCCUGGAACGUCUCUCCACUGAGCUCUACAGCAAGGACACACACUUCGUCCUGGAGCUCAUACAGAACGCUGAUGAUAACAGUUAUCCUAACGGGGGAGAGCAGCCAGCUCUGACCUUCGUAGUGGAGAGAGACUGCAUCACCAUCUUGAACAAUGAGUGUGGGUUCGAGGAGAAGAACAUUCGUGCCAUUUGUGAUGUCGGCAGGAGUACGAAAGGAAAACAUAAAUAUGGCUACAUCGGGCAAAAGGGCAUUGGCUUUAAGUCGGUUUUUAAAGUCACUGACUGUCCUAAGAUCCACUCCAAUGGCUUCCACAUUCAGUUCGACAAGACCAGCGGCCCCAUGGGAUACAUUCUGCCACACUGGGUUGACCGAGUAAGACCCGUGAACUCUGUUGCCAAUGAGAUUUCUGAGAAAAGAUGGACCACAAAGAUCCACCUCCCACUGCGAUCAGAGAGCUACCAGACGAAAAACCUUUUCCAUGAUGUGCAUCCCUCUCUUCUUCUUUUCCUCCAUCGUCUUCGUUCCAUCACCAUUAUCAAUGAGACGGAGAAGCAUUCUGUGACGAUGACCCGCCGAGAUUUGAGCCAUAAUGUUCUGGAGGUGGCACACACGGGUGGCGUCGAGCGCUGGCUUGUGGUCAAGAAAAUGCUUUACCUUAAAAAGAUUAAAGACGACUUGAAGUCAACAGAACUAGCCCUGGCAUUCCAGCUCAGUGACUCAUCUUCCGGCAAUGUGAUGCCUCAGAAACAGCCCAUCUUUGCCUUUCUUCCACUUCGCAGCUUUGGUUUCCGUUUCAUCAUCCAAGGUGAUUUUGACAUCCCGUCCUCCAGAGAGGAUGUAGACAGGGACAGCUCCUGGAAUCAGUGGAUCCGCUCAGAGAUCCCACAGCUGUUUGUGCAUGCCAUGGACGUCUUCAGUCAACACCCAGAGUUCAGUGGGCUUGGAGGACUGUGUUACUUCUUGCAGUUUAUCCCUCAACCAAGUGAGAUCCUGGACUUCUUUAAUCCAGUAGCCAAUCGGAUCAUUCAGCUACUAAAGGGCAAAGCGUGUCUCCCAGCAAAAGAGGACAACGAGGGCAGAGUUGAAUUCAAACAGCCGUCUCAGCUAGCCAUGUGUCACGAUCGCUUGAUUCAGGAUGUCAUUGGAGGAGAGGAUCUGUGUAGAUCACUGAGUCUCUCAUACCUGCAUCCUGCACUACAGUCAAGUCUUUCAGGCUCUCUCCUCACUGCGCUGGGCGUCCAUCACCUCAGAACCACAGAAAUCAUAACAGUCACCUGCGCAAUGGCCAAAGAUCUAGUACAACAUGGUCAUCUUAAAUCAGAAGAAGACCUGAAGAAGCUUGCCAAACUGUUAGUGUGUAACUUCCGUGCAUUGGAUAUGGAGUAUGGCAAUAUGGACACCCUUCUCCAGUCUCUCAAAGAUGUUCCCAUGAUCCCUCUGGCCAACGGGACUGUGGUUUCUUUAAGUUCGGAGGGAGUUUUUUUCCCUCUCAGUGAUGUGACGCAAGCUCAAACAGAUUUGAAGGCUCUGUACCAGGAUUUGAGUAUUGUGGAGCCUCAGCUGCUGGUGUGUCUGGAUGAACUGGGAAACUCGCAGGUGCGGGAGCUGCUCCGAAGACUCAACGUCCAUGAACUUGAGCCCCAGGAGGUUCUACACAAGCAUAUCUUCCCUGUGCUUAGGAGCAAGUCCUGGGAGAAAAGGCCCAAGGACAUUAUCGUCAGCUACCUGGUUUUUAUCAAACUACACUCUCAGGAUCAGGAUUACAGGACCCUCAGCACAGCCAUCCCUGUGUUGACCAACAGGGGCUUCCUCUGCCCCUCCGAGAGCAAGAUCCAGUUUUCUAAAGAAUAUGGAAACAUUGACCUUCCCAACAAGCUCCCUGGUCUGGACUGGGUCUUACUGCACCCCUGCUAUCUGUGGGCAUACAGAGAUGUGGACGGGUGGAGAGAGCUCUUCAGCAAUCUGGGAGUGAGAGACCUUCUUAUCUUCAGGAAGGAGAAGAGGACCUUCAAGAUUUCUGAACUGGCAUCCAGUUCAUGGGCACUGGAGAGUAAAGUGUGGUCUAAGCCUGCAGAUGGGGUGUAUAUCAUCGAAGAUCAGCACUGUGCAGAGUUUCAUACCCUGCUUACUGCCGUCCACCUCUCAGCUCACACCAAACUACAGCAAAGACAAGCCCUUAUAAAACUGCUGGAUGAAAACUGGGAUGCAGGAGAGAAGUACUCACAGUACCUCAGAGUGCAGGUCUCUGACAGCCAGGGACGUUUUAUCAGAAAUGCAAAUUCCUCUUUUCACCACAAUCUCACCCAGCUGCUCUGGGUACCAACAUGCAGGCCACCGUGGGGAGACGGACAGCACGUAAACUACCUACAGCCGAAAUCUGUCUACAUCUACUCUACUGAAGUACAUCGACUACUUGGAUCCCACGUUGACUAUGUCCACAUGGAACCCAGUGAAUUCACCAGAGCCAUAGGAAUGAGACACACUGUGCAGGUGGACGACAUUAUCGGCUAUCUGAAGUGUUGGUGCACUAAGGUUUCAAAGGAUCUCUCAGAGGAGCCUGAAGGAGCAGACUUCACCACAACCGUCGAGCACAUGCACUCAGUGUAUCUUUACCUGAGUUCCCAGUGUUCUAUCGUCAAGUUUAGAGACCUGUUUCAACACUCACCUGCUGUCUUCAUUGAGUAUAACAGGUCAGAUGUACACAUGUAACAUACAGAGAACAGGUAUUUGUGUUCUUUGAUGAACUUUGGUUAGCAUUAGAGGCACAUCUUAUGUUUUUUGUUGCAGAAUAAAAUUGUCAUACUUUUGACAUAAUGGGCCCUAUCGUACACCCGGCGCAAUGCGGCGCAAGGCGCAGCGCAAGUGUUUUUGCUAGUUUCAGCCCGACGCAUAUCUAAUUUUCCCGUCCUGUGCCGUGUUGUUUAAAUAGCAAAAGCAUUUGCGCUCAUUUGUGCACCCAUGGGCGUGUUGGUCUAAAAAAGAGGUGUUUCAGGUGCAGUUUUGGCGCGUUGCUAUUUUGAGGAACUGAAAAUAGACUGCGUCAUAGUAGACCAACUCAAUCCUGGUCUAAAGUCAAUGGCGCAAUUUUUUUUGUUAUUUAAAUAGCGCGUUAGGAAUAUGCGCCUAUAGGCGAGUGCACAGCACACAUACAUUCUGCUUAUUACACACAGAGAGACGCGCAGAAGCACACAAUAAUGCCAAAUAUUUAUAAAAAUGAAUUACAAUGUAAAAGAUUAUUAUUGUGGAUAUAAGAUAAAAAUCUGGCUUGUCCUGUAGAUGGUCUGCUUGCGCACUUUAACCUCUCGCACGAGCAGACGCGUUUCCUUUCUGGAGAAGUGUCUGCUCUUCCGAAUUCCGCCAUGUAAAUAGUGAAUCCGCCAUGGCUCGAGCGCAACUGGCUCUUAAAGGGAAUGGAAGAUGACACUCUGAUUGGUUUAUUGCACGUUACGCCCAAAAAACACCCAUUACUCAUUAAGAGAAUCAGGCCAACCCGUUUAGACCAUGUGCCCAGGUGCGCCGACCGGUUUCCCGCCAUUAAAAUAGCAAAAGUGAAUUCGGACACGCCCUGAGUGCACCUGCGCCGUGCGCUUUAAACCAUUCUCUUAGAUCGUGAAAAUAGGGCCCAAUGUGUUUGAUUACUGAAUUUAUCAUUAUAGCCGUGGAAAAGAUCUAGAGACCAUUGCAAAUUUUCAUUUAAUCAGCAUUUCUAGAUAUAUUGUGGUCCUUCCAGUCCAGUGUAUGUUGAAUUUUAACUAAAUCAAACCUCAGGAGUGACAUAAAUUCAUCCAACAGCAAUGUGAAAGACUGACAGCAUGACAAGACAUAAAAAACGUCUCGGUUACGACUGUAACCUCCGUUCCCUGAUGGAGGGAACGAGACAUUGUGUUUAGAGACAGA